AUGCCCGUCCCUAAUGCCGACCUGUUCGACAAGCAACAAACCCAGCAGACCAACGGCACACCACCCUCCAACUCCACAGAGUCCACUGAAACAAACACUCAAGCCACAGGUAGCGAUAGCUACUUCGCUGCUGAAUCUGGGAGCUCUACUGGGGCGCAAAGUUCUGAAGCCAGUCGCGCUCUGACGAGGGAAGAAGUCGACCGCUUGUACGAAGAGCGCAUGGAAGAAGAGUAUGCGAAAAGAGAUGGUGGUGCUUAG